ACUUGUUAAUCAAUGCCAAACUUAUCAUACAGUAAAGGCUAAUACGCAAAUAGGAAUAGUAUCUCUUCGUUAGUGGACUCAAGUAACGUGUAUUAAGAUUCCGGCGAAGGCGAGCGGAUGGUGUGCGAUGGUGGCGCCAUGCUUUGCUUGGAGUCGCUGAUGACGCGGUGGCGCGAGCGAGGGGAGCGCGAGAGUCGGCGCGCGCGCUCCCAUAGCCUCUGCUCCUCUGCAGCUGAAGGUAGCCUCUUGCAACUGCUACACAGAAGGGCUAGCAGUGCGAUCUCGUCAGCCAGUGAGCUUAUAUCGAGACGAGGGGUGUUCUCCCGCAGACAAUAUGGCUCCGUCGAACAGUUGUCAGCAUCGGUGGAGGGAGGCGGUGCAGCGGAUACGAUUGUGCGUCGUUAUCGGCUUGAAAACGGCAAUUCACUUGGCGAAAAAGAUGAAUUAUUUGGACCGCCCAGCGCACCGGUACUUGAAAAUCCGGAAUUUCAAACACGAUGGUACUUCAAAUAUUUCUUAGGAAAAAUGCAUCAGAAUUACAUCGGGGUGGAUGGCGCGAGGGAACCGUACCUCCUCAGCGUUGUACAAGAGGGUGCGGGUCUUUUACGAGCAAUUCUCUUCAAUAAAAUGGGAGCUCAUAAAAUAUAUCUUCCGGCGAGCGCGUGGAGUGGCGGCGGCGGUCAAGCACCGACCAGGCCCACCCUCAAACAGAUAUUGGCCCAGUUUACAGCCAUCGAGCGGAUUGACAAAAUGCCUAGAGAGAUAACGUGCCCGGAAUUACAAAAAGAUGUUUUGCUGCUGGAAGAACAAGAGGGUUCUGUGAAUUUCAAAAUAGGCGUUAUGAUAAUGAAACCCGGCCAAAGGACAGACGAUGAAAUGCUUUCAAACGAGAAAGGCAACGAGAAAUGGGACCGAUUUAUUUCACUUUUGGGCGACAAGAUUCGAUUAAGAGGAUGGAACCGCUUUCGAGGAGGCCUCGACGUCAAAGGUGACAUGACCGGUAGCCAUUCUAUAUAUACAAUGCACCAGGGACACGAAAUAAUGUUCCACGUCUCCACAAUGUUGCCUUUCUCCAAAGAUAAUAAACAACAGCUGGAGCGAAAGCGACACAUCGGAAACGACAUCGUCAACAUCGUGUUCACUGAAGACACUGCUCAUAACACCUUCAACCCGCAGUGUGUUAAGAGUCAUUUUACUCAUAUAUUUGCCGUGGUAUCCGAAGUGGAAGGUGAAGGAUAUAGACUGAGCGUGUACACGGACGAUACAGUGCCGCCAUUUGGCCCAUCACUACCAUGUCCACCGAUUUUUAGUGACCCACAGCUCUUCAGGGAAUUUUUACUUGUAAAACUUAUGAAUGGUGAAAAAGCUGCGUUCCAAACUCCAACAUUCGCACUCAAAAGACAACGAACCCUGGACACGCUCAUAAGAGAUAUAUAUGCCGAACAUUGUUCCGACCACAAAGUGCCAAUGCUUUCACGUCGCGCUUUGUCAGACGUAUGGUCAGGUGGAGCGGGGACGGGAAGCGCGGGAGCAGCACGCACAGAACGAUUCCUCCACGUUGGCCAGGCGCUGAAACUUGAUGCAGUGCUACGUGGAGAUGCACCAACUAGUUUGGUUUCGACUGGUUGCGGUGGCUCACGACGCGCUCCUUGGGAAGGACGACUAUGGCGCGCUGCGCCACUACCCGCUACACCCGUAUGUGCGGAACAACUAGCAGAAGGUCGCCUAUUACUAUCUACUACUUCGAACACAUAUAUACUAGAAGAGAGCGGGACAACCAAAGUAGUGCUCCGUUGGGAAGGAUGCGUUCGUUCAGCUCGCGUGACAGAGCGCGCAGGUCUUUUCCGCGUAGGGGCGCGGGUGACGGUGGGUGGCGGGUCGACGACGGGCGGCGCGGGGGGUGCGGGAGUGUACGCGCUGCCUUUGCCCGCGCUCGCCGCCGGCGCCUGGGCCAUGCGCCCGCUGCAAGACUGCAAGCACGCCCGCCUUCCACGCACUAAGACUGCGCACUUUUUCGAUAUCCUCGAACAAGGCGAAAAUGGAAAGACACUAUUAGCAGUGGCGAUUGGUAGAAGAGUUCUUUUACUGUCAGAAGAACUUAAUACAGAAAAUGAAAUGGGCUUCGAAUAUAUGCAUAUCAAGGACAUACAACUGAGUGAAUCUCCUAUACUAAUAAAGCUUAUGGACGGAGAAUAUGGAGUUAUGGUUGUGGGCUACAAGCAUCACUGGGAGCUGCUAGAACUGAGUGCUGGACAGAUUAUAAAGAGAGCUGAUGGUUCUGAAGAUAAUGUUCCUCGUCGAGGCGCUCUAGUCAAUGCAUUGCGUAUCGGUGACGAUAGAGAUGGACAAAUCAUAUUAUGUUAUAAUCAUACAUGCCAUUUCGAACGGCUAACAAAUAAAGGCCUAGAAAGUGAUAGCGAAUAUGAUUUUCACUGGACGACUGUUCCCACAGCUGUUGUAUGUGCGUUUCCGUACAUUAUGGCGUUUGCGGAGGACUUGCUAGAAAUCAGAUUAGUAGCAAAUGGAUCAUUAGUCCACGCUGCUUGUAUACCUGGCCUGAAAAUACUCUGUGGGCGAAGAGAUAUAUUCUACGUAGCGUGCGCGCCCGAGUACAUUCCGCUGAGCCGCGAGAUCGACCCUUGCCUUGCACUACACGACAACUACGAGCUCGUGCGUCAGAUGAGCAAGUGCGGACCAUACUCUAUAGAUGACGAUGAUGCCGAUAAUAAAGCUGAAACGGGUCAGAAUAGCCGAACCCCAGAGAACAAUUCGGCUUCUAGUCGCAGCAGCUCGAUAUCAUCCGAACAGGAAAACAUCCGCCCUCCGCUGCAGAGAAUGACACCCAUUUCGCCGCCCACCUCGCCCCUGGUGCUCCCAGAGAACAGCGGUCGCUGUGUACGCAUCUACAAAAUCCCGCAGAGUAAUCUCAGUGCCGCAACCUACCAGAGGCAGUCCGUCUCCGCGGACCAAGUCGUCACCUCUUACUUCUCUGACAGACCAAACAGUAUUAAACAAAGACUAGCAGAAUUAAGAUUAGACAGUAAAUCGAGGGGAGGCGGCGAACAGGAAUGCUUAGAAAAUUCGAAUUAUCCAUCAACAAUGCCAUAAAAUAUAGUAACGUAAGGUUUUAUCACAUUUUAAUAU